UUGAAUCGGCGCAACCAAAAUGCUGCUAUUGGAUACCGAUCCUACAAGCACAAUGAAUCGCAAGAAGCGCUCGGUGCCGAACAUUUAAUCCAAAAGGAGAAAGAAAAUGCCUACAGCACACCGAAUGAUAUUGACGCAAAACGAUCCACACGAGGAAAUCGCGGUUACCGUAACCCACUGUACACUAGUAGUACGGUAAAAGUACGUGAAACAUACGAUCGAACAACCGGCGACGGUAACGUUUAUGACAAAGCCGGAACCGGCACCGAUACAGGUACUGGAACUGGUGGCGAAGUAGAGCUAGCUGCAGAGAGCAAAGCGAGAAGGCAGCUGAACACAUCCGGCAUACGGAGGAAUGGGCAGAGCUCGGCAGAACGUGUCUCAAGCAGCACGCCGUCACGUAGUGCUAUACCACUCCCCGCACCGUACUCGACACGCGAAACAUUCGAGGAGCGGACGGAGGAGAAGUACCACGUGGAGGAAGAGGCGUCGAAGUCCGGCGGCGGUUCUGACCAUAAAGAACUUUUGUAG